CUCUUGACUUGCUUAUGUUAUCAUUUUAACAAACAUUAUGGAUUUAACUUGGAAAGGUGCUUGUAAGAGAUUGGAUUCCAGUGUUAAUAGACUAGAUGUGGGACAUAAUUUCUUGAGUCAGGUACAAUUAAAAGAUAUAUAUGAUAAUAUUGUUGUUAAAUAUGAUUUACAAUUACUGUCACUUGAUUGGAAUAAUUUAUCUGAACCAGAAUUCUUUAUUAUUGAAGCUGUCAUUUUACAUAAACUGUCAGACAGGUUUGAAUCUGAAGAGCUAAUUGAAUUUUUAAAACAAUACUUGAGUAUCCCUGAAGAGAAGGUAUGGAAUUGGAAUUCAAACUUUGAGAACAUCUAUAUCGUUAAAUAUUAUUAUGGUUUACGUAUAAUACGAGCUUUACUCACAAAAGAGCUGCUUAUUUCAUCACAUUUAUGGGAAUUAUUAGAGCUAAUAUCAUUUCAUAUUAAUUCAUACACACCUUGGUCAUCAACUAUCAAUGGUUUGAUUGCUGAAUCGGCUAUGAAAUUAUUGGUUACGCAGAAUUCAAAGGCUAUUCAAGCUAUUCAAGACUUUAUUUCAGAAUUCAUCAAUACUAAAUUUAAUGACAAUCUUUUAGUGAUAUCAACUAAUAAACAACAACAAUUGCAUGGUGGAUUAAACCCCAGAUUGGGAUUUGGAGGAGUGAAAAGACAUUUAUUUGAAGAGGAUAUAAGAAAUGCUUGGAAAUCAUCUUCUAAGGUAAAAGCAUUAUCAAUGGCUUUGUUCAUAAUUCAAUAUGCCGAAGAAAUGUUAUUUGAUUCAAAUUGGAGACUCUUGAUUACAUUUAUUUUGAAUGUAUUAGAUGAUCUGGAUGUGUUACUAAAGUAUCAAGCAAGUGUAAUACUCGAUAUAUUUUUGGAACGUAUGAAAGAUCAUAAUAAAUUAAAUCUAAUUGCUAAUUCCGGGUUAUUGGUGGUUAUUCAAGAGGCCACUAAGAAAUGCUUGAGUUAUUUACCCGAAUCUACGCAAGAGGAUAUUUCUAAUAAGUUACUACGUUUAUCAUAUAAGAAUUCAAGUAUUUUGAUUUUAUGCACACUGAAUCAAUCGCUCGAGUUGGUGGAGCUCAUUUCAAGCCAUAUAUUGCCAUCAAUUACACAACUAAUGAACAAUAACACAACAAAAACCCUCUUAUUAGUGUUGGAUGAAUUGGAGAAUAUAAUACACAAUAGCCUAAAGACUGAUAUUUUGCUUUCACUUUCUAAAGUAGUAUAUCUGCUCAAUAAGAUUAUAACCAAUGGCGAUUUGCUAUUCUGGGAUGAUGGUCAAGAAGUGGCGUUGAAAGUAUUGAAAUGUCAGAAUUCCAUAUUUAAUCAUUUUAUACAACUUUCGGAUAUUGAAGCUUUUCAAUUGGUAUCUAACUAUAAGUUUGAUUUUAUUGGAGCCUGGUCGAUUCUUUUAAAGCGUUCAAGCUUUUUAGAAGAAUAUCACAGAGAGCCUAUUAAUGGGAGAGUGAGGGUAAAUUUGAAACAGUUAAAUCAAAUCACUCAAGGAAGUAAUAAUCAUAGUGAUGUAGAUAAUAUUGUUCAAAGUUUGAGUAGUAAAGUUCCUGAAAUUGGGAAUAUGCUACGGAUUGUAAAUAAUUAAUGAUAUAGUAAGUAAUUUGUAAUAUUAUUUAUGUACAGA